UCAUUCCACAAGCCUGAGCCAGUGUAAAUACAAAAAGAUUUCAUCCAGCUUCACAUUUCAAAACCUCAGUGUCAGAACCCUCUGGCACUUUUUAUGCUUAAUAAACCAAUUUUAAAUUACAUUUCAAAUAAUAAACAUUAUAAUAAGGGUGAUCUAACAUUUUAGAGCAGCAUUUAUUUUCAGAAAAGUCUAAGGCUUCAUACUUGCUGUAAAAGCUAAUCUCAUUUUAAUGCUGUGAGCCUUUUUCUUAAAGCAAUUUGACAAGGUCUCCAUAGGGGAUAGAAAUAACACUUAAAUCAAUAGAACUGCUUACUAUCAGGAUUCGCUUGCAGUGAUGUGGUGGAGUUAAGUGGUUGUGUGUAAUUAAAAGGAUACUGAAAGGAAACUUUGGGGAGGAAAUCUCUUGUUGAUAAGAAAUUGAGGCCGCGCGCUAACGAAGACAAAUGUUUCUGAUGAGCUUUUGAAAUCAGCCUCAGCCAGCAUUUUCUAAUUAGUCACAUUUUAUUUGUCAGUGGGUGAGACGUAGUGUCACCUCAGUGAAGUGUCUAAACAUUGGGUUUAAAAGCUUUAAAUAAUGAUCAAAAUUACUGACAUAUCUGUUUUUGGCUGCUCUCAGGAGCUUUAGCUCUAUUUUUUACAGAUUUGCUGUUUAUCAGGAGCUGAAAUAGUUUCAUUUAUUACUCUGAUAAAGGUAAGGUGAUUUGUAAAUGAACGCCAAUUAUGUAAGAAUAUAAUUGUAACAUUAACUAAAGUUAAAAAUGGAAUUCCAGCUAACAUUUAAAUAUAAAAACAAUAAUAAUCAUCUAUAUACAGCCUGCUGACUACUGCUGAAAUUCUAAUACACUUUAAUGAGCUUGUACCUUUCAACGUUACAUGAAAAGAUAUUUUUAGAGAUAUUGUUACUGGUGGCAACAACGACACCAUAAGUGUCCUCACUGCUUUACACGUGAUUUCAUGAUAAUAUGCAGGCGAUUAUGACAGUCUCUCGGACGUGCUUAUUGGUGCAUGUGAAGCUCUACGCAAAUCAAAACACGUGUGAAACCACGCUGAGAUGAAAUUACGCACCGAUGGACAUUGCGCGCACCAAGCUCCAAAGUGGACAGCUGCGAACUUUGAACAGCUUUAAGUAAAACAUUAAAAACAAAAGCCUUAGCAAAAGGAUUCUCUCACCUUGUACUCCGUCCAAAUACGCGAACAUAGCGUGGGAUUUGUGUUUUUUUAAACGCCAGAUGGAAAGGCACGCAGUCUGUUUUUCUAUGCUUCCGUUUUGAGAAGAAUGGACCUGUAGUUGGAGUGGAAGAAGAAAACUUAAUGCGCACUAGUCCUGAUAAACCCGUAUGUCAUGUGGGAGGAAAAUAAUUUGGCAGAGCCGAACGUUUGUCCUGACCGUGAAGAAAGUCCCGCAGAAGACACUUUUGGAUUUGGAGAUGAUCUGGAGUUAAAUCAGUUCGAUGGAUUGCCCUUUUCCUCGCGUUACUACAAGUUACUGAAGGAGAGGAAAACUCUGAGUGUGUGGAAGGUCAGAUGUCAGUUUGAGGAUGCUCUUGCAAACAACCAGCUGGUUAUUGUGUCCGGGGCAGCAAAGACUGGCAGGAGUACACAGAUCCCUCAGUGGUGUGCAGAGUUCUGUCUGUCUGCCCAGUAUCAGCAUGGUAUGGUUGUGUGCACUCAGACCGACAAACAGCGGGCUGUAGAUCUGGCCUUGCGUGUCGCUGAUGAAAUGGACGUCAACAUAGGCCAUGAAGUUGGUUACACCAUCCCUCUGGAGACCUGCUGCUCCUCUGACACUGUUUUGAGGUACUGCACUGAUGAUAUGUUGCUGAGAGAGAUGAUGUCUGACCCUUUUCUUGAGCACUACGGGGUCAUAAUCAUUGACCAGGCCCAUGAAAGGACGGUUAGCACAGACAUUCUGCUGGGUCUCCUCAAGGACAUCCUGCUGCAGAGGCCUGAGCUCAGGGUGGUGGUUCUCACUGUGCCGCCCAUGACAAACAAGCUUCUGAGACACUAUGGCAGUGUCCUGCAUAUCAGUCUAGAGUCCUCAUGCACUGCUGAAGUUGUGCACAGCAACAACGGCAACAAAGACUACUUCUACUCAGCACUGAGACUCGUGCUGGAGAUCCAUCGGACCAAAGAGGGUGGAGAUGUUUUCGUAUUUUUAGGCUCAGCUGAGGAGGUCCACUGUGCCUAUAGUAUACUCCAAAGAGAAGGGACCAGGUUGGGUGGACAGUUGGGACAAAUGGUACUUGUAGUCCUGUGCUCAGGCCAAGGAGGGCUACUUCCUGUCCUGCCUGAGCAGUCAUGCUCCACAAAGUCCAGAAAGGUUUUUCUCAGUACCCGUCAAGGUGAGGAUGCAUGGUGGGCUACAGAGUCUGUCAAAUUUGUCAUUGACACAGGAGUCCAGAAGAAAAUGGUGUACAAUCCGAGAGUAAGAGCUAGCUCAGAGGUCCUUCAACCCAUCAGUCAAUGCCAGGCAGACAUUCGCAAGCAGCUGUCUGGACCAUCAGGUAAAUGCUUCUGCCUGUAUCCAGAAGCAAGCCUAACUUCUGCAGAGAACUCCCCACAGAUCUUGGAGUCCAACAUUACACCGACAGUUCUUUUCCUCAAAAGGAUGGAGAUAGCAGGCCUUGGACAGUGCAGUUUCAUCGACAGACCAGAUCCAGAGGGUCUCAUGCAGGCACUGGAGGAGCUCGAUUACCUUGCAGCUUUAGACGAUGAUGGCAACUUGUCUGAAAUUGGCAUCAUAAUGUCUGAAAUCCCUCUGGAACCUCAGAUGGCCAAAGCGCUGCUAGCAUCCUGCGAGUUUGACUGUGUGAGUGAGAUGCUGACAAUCACAGCCAUGUUGUCAGCACCAAGCUGCUUUGUGGAGCCGCCUGCUGCCAUGAGCCACGAGGCAGUCCAGUGUCACAGGAAGUUCCAGCACCCUGAAGGAGAUCACUUCACCCUCAUAAACAUCUACAACGCCUACAAACAAAACCAGAGAGAACAAUAUUUGACUACUGAAAAGUGGUGCCAGGACUAUUUUCUAGAUCAUUCUGCGUUGAGGACAGCCGAUUCCAUUAGAUCAGAGUUGACUGACACACUGAACAGAAUUGAGCUCCCCAUUUCUGAACCCUCCUUUGGAACCAAGACUAACACUCACAACAUCAAAAGAGCUCUGCUGGCUGGAUUCUUCAUGCAGAUUGCUCGAGAUGUGGACGGAUCAGGCAACUACUUCAUUCUUGCACAUAAGCACAUGGCCCAGGUGCACCCACACUCCUGCUACGGGGCUCAGUCACACAAGCUGGGACUGCCUGAGUGGGUUGUUUUCAAUGAGUACAUCCUUUCAGAAAACUGCAUGAGAAUAGUCUCGGAAAUUUCCCCGCAAGUGUUCAUUGAAAUUGCACCACUGUACUUCUUCUACAAUCUGCCCCCUAGCGAAAGCAAAGAUAUACUGCAAGACAUGUUGGACCCACAUGGAUCCAAAAACCGCAAAGAGAAGAAACAGGAAGCUGCAACAACAAGUGGUGACGUGAACAGUGGCUGUGCAGCAGUGACACAGACGUAUGACAGAUGUAUGAUUCAGUAA